AUGAAAAUUUUGCCUCUCUUAAUUUCAUCAUCACAAAACCUUCAUUUCACUGAAGAAAAUAUUAGAAAUCAAUUGACACACGAUGAUAAUGAUGAUCACAAGCAAGAGAGGAAGUUAGUGGAGGAAUUAGAGAAAAUAACUAAAUACAAAUUCAAGAAUCCCAACUUGUUAUAUCAAGCUUUUACUCACUCUUCCUUUCAAGAAAAUUGCGAAUCAUAUGAGAGAUUGGAGUUGUUAGGUGACUCUAUUUUGAAUAUGUUAAUAACAUUGAAGCUAUUUUUUGAUUAUCCUGAUUUGUCUUCCGGGAUGCUAACAAAGUUGAGAGCAGCCAAUGUAGAUACUGAAAAACUUGCUAGAGUCGCCAUCAAAUAUAACUUACAUAACUACUUACGUCACAAAAGGCCUUUACUUAAAGGACAAGUAAAAGAAUUCAAAGAAGCUAUAUUAGAGUACCCAUUGCAUUCACUAGGUCUCAUUGAUCCCCCUAAAGUUCUUGCAGACCUAGUUGAAUCUUUAAUUGGUGCUAUCCAUAGUGACUCUAAUUGUUUAGAUACAACUUGGCAGGUGGUAAAAAAUUUGUUACAACCUCUAAUUACUCCAGAAAAACUUGAGGUUAAUCCGGUCACAAAACUUUACGAGUUAUGUCAAAAGAAGGGAUUGAAGAUAAAAUUUGUUGAUCACUGGGAGAAAACAGGAGAGGUUGAAGUUUUCGUUGAUGGAAAAUUUGUAGGAAAGGGAAAAUUAUGUGGAAAAAAAAUAACCGCGAAAAAUAGAGCUGCACACAAUGCUUAUGAACAAGUUGUCCAGAAUUUGAGUGUGGAAGUUAUUAUUAAUGAUGAUCAUGAUCAACUUUGUGAUGAAACACAAAGUUGA